CGCUGUGGGUUAUUCACACUCAAGUUGGUUUCAGUUAAACCGCUAAGGGAACAGAAUAAAUAAUAAAAAAACAAACAAACUCGGAAGCGGCGAUUUCUGUCUAUUUUUUGGAUUUAUCAUCUCUUCGUACGUCCAUGUGUGUUAUUAUUCUGCACUUUGAAAAUAAUGAGUUGUAGGCAUGAGUGAGUGUAGUGAGACUGAAGGAAUUACUCGUAACAUUUUGGCACCUGCCAAGCACCGUCCAGUUGUGGGUGGCACCAGCCAACGAGGGCCACGAAGCAACAUGGGAUCCGAACACAAAUACCCGAGUUCCUCGCGAGAGAUGCGUAACAUCGCGGAGAAGAUGCGGAGAGACAAGCUGAACAACUACGUUACGGAACUCGCUUCCAUCGUCCCCCUCGUGUCCGGAGCAAACAAGCGAGUGGACAAGACGUCCGUGCUGAGGCUGGCGGCAAACUUCAUUAGGAUACAUAAGAUUCUCCAAGACUAUGAACCGGAGAAGCAUACCCUUCCUGGAGCCAUGGAUUCCGUCGUCUCCCAAAGCCUCUCACAGGCCAUAGGCGGGUUCCUCAUGGUGGUCACUUCGACGGGAAAGGUCCUCUACGUCUCAGAGGCCAUGGAAGAAAUAUUUGGCCAUAGUCAGGUUGAUCUCCUUGGGAGAAGCAUUUAUCAUGUGAUUCAUCCCGAAGAUUAUGAAAUUAUUCAAGAACAGCUUAACUCCAAAGGUAAAGUAUAUUGGAGAUCCUUCUUCUGCCGCAUGAUGGAAAAGGCUCUUUCCCGAAACGACCCGAGUCGCUACGAGAUCGUGCACAUCGUCGGCUCCAUCCGGAUGCUGCUUCAGCCCUCGGGCCACGAUCAGACUGCCGAACCCGCGAGAGACAGUUGUGAUAAGUCUCUGUCAGAAACAGUAGAUGUAACCCAACGAUUCAAUAUGCUCAUCUACGCCCCUGAAAAUACCUUACUGGAAACCGACGUUCUCCUUCAUCUAAAUCCAGCGAUUUUUCUCGCUCUCCCCUCAGACGGCGAAGACAGAAUGGGCUCCGACUCCGAUGGGGACGACGCCCAGACCGCCCCGGCAGUCAAUAAGGUGGGCACGCAUCUUCUCGUGGCAUUCGUCAGGGUCGUGAAGGACCGGCCGAUAACUGAGCUCUCAUUGGUCGAGUCCACGCAGGAUGAGUACAUAACGCGCCACUCCAUGGACGGCAAAAUCCUCUAUACGGAUCACAGAAUCUCCUUCGUGACGGGCCUCAUGCCGCAGGAGGUUUUGGGUACAUCGGCAUUCCACUACAUGCACCCCGAUGAUCUCGUCUGGUCCAUCGUGGCUCACAAGCUUAUGUUCAAUAGCAGCCAGGGCCAAGGCAUGGUAUCUUACAGACUGAAGUGUAAGGGCAGUAAAUUCGUUACGCUUCGGUCACGUGGUUACAUUGAGUCCAACAAGCAAACGGGUCAGGCUGAGACCUUUGUUUGCAUCAAUACAGUUGUCAGGUGA